UCUGCCCUGUACGGUUUGUGUGUGUCGGUCACCGGUGUGAACGGGCGGACGGAGCGCGGGCCACUUCGCGUCGGGUGUGCAAUGCAAAGAUAAACCCGCAGCGACAUAUAGCACGGAAGAGAUUAUUUGUAGUUCGGUUUGAGAGGCGCUCGGCAUCAUCCAGUGAUGGAAGGUGAUGGAAAUAUCGCAGGCGGAUACGGGAAUGGAUAGACGGGCCACACCUGUGCGCCGGCUGCGGAUGGACAGGUGCGUUACCUGUGGACCUGUUGGAGAGCACCGGGCGCAAAUGCGCAGCGCUGCGCAUCGCACGAGCCAGUGAUGGCGUUGUGACCGUCGGAUGUAACAAAGACCUUAUGGGUCCUCUUCACAGCAGCCGCUUUAUCUCGAGGCUUACGUACGAAACACUAAAUCAAACGGGACUCUGUUCACACCGGCCUUAUAUCGACCGGACCGAGCCUUCUGCGUUUCACCCCCCCGCGUAAAAGCGUGUAUUCGACGCAAAGACUCCGAUUGGAUGUGACGCGCACCGGCCAAAGCAUCGCGUUAUGGAUGCGGUUCGGCUGGACGCGCUCAACCCGCCGGCCGAGAACGGCAAUGUGUCGCAGUCCGAAGCGCACAAGCGCCUCGCGCAGGUGGACUCGGUGGUUCUGCCGUUCCUCGGGGGGUUCGGGAGGUACCAGAGGCGCCUGGUGGCCCUCACGUGGAUCCCGGCGGUGCUGAUCUCCUUCAGUCAGUUCUCCGAUUACUUUCUGCUCGGGCAGCCGGACAAGAAGUGCGUGCGCCCGGAUGAGGGCGGCGGGGGGAACGGGACGGGUGCGGGUCGGGAUCUACUCUCGGAGCUGAUGGCUAACGGGACUGGGCUCGAGAGCGCUCACGGGACGGCGUGUCUGUGCUCGGAGUGGAGGUUCGAGCUGCAGUCGGGACUGCAGCAGAAUGUGGUCACCAGGUGGACGCUGGUGUGUGAUGGAGAAUGGAAGGUUCACAUCGCUAAGUUCUCUCUGUUGGUGGGGUCCAUAUUUGGCUACGUUCUGAUGGGAGCGGUGGCAGACUGGUUGGGUCGUAUCCCUGUGCUGCUGGUGUCUGUUCUCUCUGUGCUGGUGUUUGGUCUGGCGAUGGCGUUCUCUGUGGAUAUGGCCAUGUUCAGCACGCUCAGAUUCUUCGAGGGAUUCUGUCUGGCUGCUAUCAGACUGUCUCUAUACGUCCUCAGGAUCGAGUUGUGUCUGCCAAAGUGGCGUUUCUCUAUGACCAUGAUCGCCAAUCUGAUCAUGGUCGGCGGGCAGCUCCUGAUGCCGGGUUUGGCAGCGUUAUGCCGCGAUUGGCAGAUUCUUCAGAUUAUAAUCAUCGCCCCCUUUGUGUUUAUGCUGCCGUACGUCUGGAUGUUUCCUGAAUCCCUACGCUGGUUGUUGGCCACUCAACAUUACCAAAGAGCCAAACGACAAAUGUACAGAAUCGCCCAGAGCAACAGGGUUGACACGACAACCGACCCGAGCGGCAUCCUCUCAGAGCUUGAGGCAGAACUGCAGCAGAGGCCGGAGACGUGCUGCGUCACACAGCUGAGAAGCACCAGAAACCUGUGGAAGAACACAGUUGUGCUGUGUGUUAACUCGCUGACCGGUUACGGCAUCCAUCACUGUUUUGCACGCAGUGUUGUGGAGGGCAGCGCAACUCAUCUGCAUUAUUACGCAUUAGCUGCGAUCGCAACAGCGUCCUGCAUGGUGGUGUUUCCUGUAGUGGGAGGAUUCGGCAGGAGAGGAGGUUUACUAACCUUCAUGAUCAUUACAGCCCUGGCAUCUCUACUGCAGCUCGGCCUGCUCAACUUAAUUGGGAAGUACAGUCUCCGACAUGAUGAAGUUCUCAGAGACACACUGAAUGAGCGCUUCUCCUACGCGUUCUCCAUCAUCGGGAUGUUCUCGUCUCAUGCCGUCAGCACGCUCAGCAUCUUCUACUGUGCAGAAAUCACACCGACUGUCAUCAGGGGAGGAGGUGUCGGUUUGGUUCUUGCCAGCGCGGGCUUCGGGAUGUUAACGGCGCCGCUCAUGGAGCUUCACAACCAGAAGGGCUUCUUCCUUCAUCACGUCAUCCUCACAUGCUGCACGCUGCUCUGCAUCAUCUGCAUUCCGUUAUUACCGGAGACGCGCGGCCAGCCGCUGCCCGAGACGCUCGCGGACGGAGAAGGACUGCAGCGCCGACCGCUCCUGCCCGGAGAACAGCACCAUCUACUGGCCGUGACCGACGUCAGAGAGUAUUCCCGCGUCCAGGACACGCCCCUUCACCAGGCGGUCAAUCCCGGAAACGGCACGGUGCCUAGCAACAGUACAGCCAAUGGCGUGAGGACGUCAUGACGAUUACGUACCCACAGACCACGCGAUGAACCGCGAGACCGACUCGAUCGAAUGUCGACAAACACAACGGCGUUUAAAUCGUGAUUUCCCCCUCCGUUUAAAAACGGUGAAUGAACUCCGUAAUCUGACUGAUAAACGCCUCAUUAACCAGCACCGAUGAAGAUUGACAUUUUAGAAAGAGGAAGUAUGAAUUUACUUUUAUUCCGUGAACGGAAGUCUAUUUUAUAUUAGACGGAACAACAGCCUCACAGAAGAGUGUCACGUUUGAAUGUGAAUCUUUUGUAUGUUUUGGUAAAUGGGUUUAUUUUAUUAAGCACAAAAUGAUGCUACAUUAAAAUUAAACCACAUUGGCCUCAUUAAUGAAAUAUAAACAUGAAGAAUUUGAGAGAUUUGUUUGUAAACGGAUUGGACAUGCGUUAAAGUACCAGUGAAAUAAAAAAAAUGCCUAUUUUUUCAAGAAAAAAUGCUGCGUUUAUAGUAAAUAGCUUAUCAAAGUGGGUCACUCUUUUUUUAAAAUCCGUGUGCCCUCAUAAUCUUUAGAUAAGAUCAGAAAAUGCACUUCCUUCCUGUAGUGACUAUCCAUCUUAAAUGACGUAUGUUAGACGGCUUAGCGUAGCAUCCGUUAGCUCCUCCCCUUCACCUCUCAGUCUGCUGCCAGUUCCAUUUAAAAAUAAAACAGCUGAUUUUAUACAUCCAAUCAAAUCGCAGAGAAAGCCACGGCCACUAUUUUUCUUAUUAGAAAUUCCAUUUCGCUCGGAAAUGCGUCAAAAUAUAGAUGUAAAAACGAUCGCAACUUUCGGAUCACCGGGACUUUAAACAUAAGCAGAGCGCAAAAACUAAUCUUGCAUAAAUGCGUAAAACAAUACUCACAUGAAAUAAUACUGAAAUACAAUACAGUGUUGACUAUUAUAUUUUAUAAUAAUUACUGGACUUUCGUGUUUACUACAAUAGUCUGUAGUAUUAACUUUGGUGAAUUGAUCAACUAGAUAAUAAUAGUAUACUUCAGCGUACUAAGAUGAAAGCAUGGUAAGGUUAAAAACCACAAGAAUAUUUAGGGACAUUACUACAGUUUACUAUAGUAAAUACAUUUAAUAAUACAAUUAAUAAAAGUGCACCAGUGUUUUUUCGUGUGGGUUGCUAUAACAAUUUAUAGCAGUUUUGCAAGCGCAUUACAAGAAAUGUGUUCUUGAGUUUUAUGAAUGAGGUUCAUUGGAAACCGGUUUAGUUGUGUUGGUAUUCAUUAUUGAGGCCGUGUGUAUGUGUGUGUGCGCUUCACAAUAUUCAGGUUUUUUUAGUCUGUUUUGCACUAAAUCUGAGGAAGCAAUCAUAUGUCAGCCAAAUGAAUCUGUAAUGUGAAACUACAAGAAAGAUGAUGGCUGAUAGAAAGAAAACGCAACAAUUUAACAGUCUGCUCACAAGAUGCAAAAAUGAACAAAUGCACCUGUUCCAGGUUUUUACAGCAUCUCAUCUAGAUGAUAUUCUCAUAUACAGAAUAUAACAUAACAAUGAAGUCUAGUUUUAAAACCAUUAACAUUUCUUGUAUUAUGACAUUGGAUCCUCACAUUCUCUUCGUCUGAAAGACAAAACAUUCUUAAGAAUUAAGGACAUGAAUGUCACAAUGCAAUAUAAAAUGCCAAUGGUUUGAAAUAGUCAUCAUUUUGUAAGGCUUACUGGGUUUCUUCUGGAGUUAUAAAUGUGAAUCUGGGGCUAAUGCAGAAGGGCUGCUGAGUGUUUUCAUGUAUAUUAAUCCAUUAUCAGUACGUAGAAUAGCAGUGAAAGAACGUUACCGUAACCAUCUGUCCUCAAACUACUGAGGAACAACACUUCACCCCUUUCUUUUAAAGUUAAACUGCAGAUGUCGUGUGAGAAAUAGAAUUAACAGUAUCAAUACUCACAUUUAAAUGCAUUCGGUUAUUGUCCCUUAUUUUGCUAGAGAACUCCACAUCAUCUUCUGAAAAGCACAUUGUGCGAAAAAGUACAUGUAAAUUUAUCUCAUGAAACCUCUCAAAAGAGCCCAACUCAUAUUUUAGCCCAAAUCAUAAGUGAGAAAGAACCCAAGAAAUGUAAACAUUUUAGUUUGUGGAAAAGACAUUUAAAAGCAUCAAUGUAUUUUUCUGUAUUUGUUGAGUCUCGCGUGUCAUUUUGAAUACUAUGACUGAACUAAAUUUCAUACAUUUCAAUGGUCCAUUUUCUGACAUUGCACUUGUAAAUAAAUACCUUUUUUAAAACA